CCCCCUGUACCCCCAGCCCGGCCAGAACGGCCCCCGGGACAGAGCGACGCGGAACCCCGGGCGCCUGGGUCCCCAGCAUGAUCCUCGGCAGCCUGAGCCGGGCAGGGCCCCUCCCUCUGCUUCGGCAGCCCCCCAUCAUGCAGCCCCCACUGGACCUCAAGCAGAUCCUGCCCUUCCCACUGGAGCCAGCCCCCACCCUGGGCCUCUUCAGCAACUACAGCACUAUGGACCCUGUGCAGAAGGCUGUGCUCUCCCACACUUUUGGGGGACCCUUGCUCAAGACCAAGCGGCCCAUCAUUUCCUGUAAUGUCUGUCAGAUCCGCUUCAAUUCUCAGAGCCAGGCUGAGGCACACUACAAGGGUAAUCGCCACGCCCGAAGAGUCAAAGGCAUCGAGGCUGCCAAGACCCGAGGCAGGGAGCCUGGCGUCCGGGAACCUGGAGACCCAGCUCCCCCAGGCGGCACCCCCCCAAAUGGGGAUGGUGUAGCCCCCCGUCCAGUUUCCAUGGAGAAUGGACUGGGUCCAGCCCCAGGAUCCCCGGAGAAACAGCCUGGCUCCCCAUCCCCUCCCAGCAUUCCGGAGACUGGUCAGGGUACAACCAAAGGUGAAGGGGGCACUCCAGCCCCAGCUCCCCUGCCUGGAGGCAGCAAGGAAGAGGAGGAAAAGGCCAAGCGGCUGGUAUUUGCUGCCUAAUAGGUCUGGAGAAUUUUUCCUCCACCCCUUACCUUCUGCCCUCUGUGGGCUCCAGGUACUAAGCACAAGACAAUUCUGGAGGCCAGAAGUGGGCUGGGCCCCAUCAAAGCUUACCCUCGUCUGGGGCCUCCCACUCCUGGGGAACCAGAGGCCCCUGCCCAGGACCGAACCUUCCACUGUGAGAUCUGCAAUGUCAAGGUCAACUCGGAGGUCCAACUGAAACAGCACAUUUCCAGCCGGCGGCACCGAGAUGGCGUGGCUGGGAAGCCCAACCCGCUACUGAGCCGUCACAAGAAACCUAGAGGCGCGGGGGAGCUGGCGGGCACUCUGACUUUCUCCAAGGAGCUGCCCAAGUCCCUGGCGGGAGGCCUGCUACCCAGCCCCCUGGCGGUGGCUGCGGUGAUGGCAGCGGCAGCAGGCUCCCCGCUGUCCCUGCGCCCGGCCCCAGCCGCACCUCUUCUCCAGGGACCGCCGAUCACCCACCCCCUGCUCCACCCGGCCCCCGGGCCCAUCCGAACUGCGCACGGACCCAUCCUCUUCUCCCCCUACUGACCUGAACCCCGAACCCCCUCCCAUUCAACCCGCCCCCCACCUCCAGCCGGGACCCAGGCCUCCGGGCUCCAAGCCUGCCCCUAUUCCCGGCACUCCCUGAAUGAUCUCUCUCUCUCCUUCCCCCCCACCCCGAGGUACGGGGUUCCAGGAAAGGGGAGGGGUAGCGGGGGAGGGGGGCUUCAGAAGGGGGGAACACCCCAGAUCUCAGGGAACCCCGCCCCCUGCCCUUCCCUCUCCCCUAGAAAAGGGGGGGCCGUCUCACCCCCGAGCCCCCUUGGAGACACCCCCCCUCCCAAAAGCCAUGUCCAUCAGCCCUUCCCCCCCAAACCUAGCACAAAACGGGGUUCACAAGCCAUGGUCGGAGUCCGGGGGGCAGAAGUGGAUUUUUCUUGGCAAUAAGCGGACUCUGGGACUCCGGCCCCUGCCCCCAAACUGAAGCGCUUCCGUGAACACCCCCAUCCUCCGCAGGGGGGGGGGGAGCAGGCGGGAUCCUGGGUCCCUCAGAAGCACUUUGGUUUUACCGCCUGCAACCUCACUGUGCCCGCCCCGCACCAUGCCCCAGGCCCAGGUCUAGCUGGGCCCAUCAUAAGGGGCAGCACUUGGGGGCAUCUCUGGCACUUGGGUGGGACCAAGUAGAUGCCCCUACAGACCCUUCCCUCACCUUCUUCCUCCCCAGUCUGUAUUCCAUUCUUUUCACCAGCACCCAUCGCCCAAGGGGUACCGAGGGGGGCAAGGGGUGUCCAGUCCGAGCCCACCCCCGCCUCGCCUUCCGCAAAACUGUGAGCAAAAAGCAAUAGUAGCCUCGCCCCCGCCCCUCCCCUUUCCGCAGGAUUCGCUGAGUCUGUAGCCUUCCCUGUCCCAGCUCCUAGACCUCAUGGCUGUCCCUCCCACCAGACACCUCCACUGCACAACUCGGGCGGGGGCGUGACCUCCCCCCCCCAACCCCUCUGUGGUUUCCGUAUCGUCAGCCCUUCUAGCAGCCGACACGGGAGGGGGACGGGCCCCCACUGGCCUUUCCGUCCCCACCAACUCUUUCUGCCUGACAAUGUAGCAACCCCGGCCCCCCACCCUCGUCUUCCCUUUUCCUUCUCCCUGACAAUAAAGUCUGAAUUCGUUGCCCUCCGUCCCCCA